UCAUGUGAAUCAUUUUGAUAUAACAAUGAAGUAGACUGAUUUAGAGAUUUGUAUACCAACCUCAAGUCAAAGAGGACAUUUGGUCAUUUGAAAGUGAAGCGAUUAGAGCGAGUACAUCUGGACUUGUUUGGUCCUAUAUACUGUAGCAAAGAUUUUUAGUGCAGCAGAAAGGCCUGUUGCUCAGCAGUGGAGUCUGUCUGGUCUUUCUGAGGAAGCUCUGUGGUUGAGGUGGCUGCUGCUGAGUGGAACGGUGCUACAGACACGCUCUUCCCCAUCAGUGUCAUUGGACUUCACUGAACACAACAUCUGAAUACAGCUAAGAGCUUAAACUUGAGCAUAUAGGAAGAUAGAUUUUUACUGUAAUGUUACAUGAUUUGAGCUUCCUGUUUAAUUUCAUUAGUUCACUAGUGGGAGAUUCAGGAGAAAGGAAAUGAUCAUGUACAGUAUCAUCAUCGUCUUUAAAAUCAAAGCUCUGUUGUCAUCUCYCCAGGUGACUUGACUYAAGACAUCAUCUUCAAGACGGCUAGCUGCAGAGAUUUGUCAUUCCUCUUUUAUAAGGGCCUUCUACUUCCCUUCCAUUAGAUUGAGUCUACAAAACCCUCUGUGCUCCUGCUGCUUCUCGCUUCCCCACCAUGCCUCGCUCUUUCCUGGUGAGGAGGGGGGGCUCUCACCCUCUGCGCCCCAAAGCAGGUAGCCCCUGCUUGGGCACGACCCCGGUGCCAGUGGGUCCCUCAGAAACAGACAAGAGACAGUGGGGUACCCUUCAGGGACAGCCGUCACCYAAGAGUGCAGUGUCUCUAGUGACACACAAUGAGGCCUACCCACCACAGCCCUCUCCACCUCCAGCCCUCCACCCUCCCUCACAUAGUCCCCCUUACCUUCACCCCACCAGUCCCAUGUCUUCAGGUGAUAYAGCUGCGCUGCACCACCACUCUCCCUCCCAGUUGAACCCUGGCAGCCCUGCUGAGGAGGUGGGCUCUCCCCUCCUGGUAGAGACCCGACACAGAGACUGUCCCCAGAUCAGUGACCACAGGACCACUGGGACUGUAUGUCCACUGUGUGGAAAGAGUUUCUUUUCUUUCUCCAGUCUGGAGUCCCACGUCCACAAGUCCCAUGGUGGCAGACACAAGCAGUCAUCAGCACACAUCAAGACCCACAGUCAGCCGUACGGCWAUAGGRCAGACCUGGMUUUGAGCUACAGGGUCAAGGAGCGUACMUUUGGCUGUAAGGUGUGUGGGAAAGUGUUCAAGCGCUCCUCCACCCUAUCCACUCACCUGCUAAUCCACUCUGACACGCGACCCUACCCCUGUCAAUACUGUGGCAAAAGAUUUCACCAGAAAUCUGAUAUGAAAAAACACACCUUCAUUCACACAGGUGAAAAGCCCCAUGUGUGCCAGGUGUGUGGCAAAGCCUUCAGCCAGAGCUCCAACCUCAUCACCCACAGUCGUCAGCACAGUAGCAACCAGCCCUACCAUUGCCUCUAUGGCUUCCAGCGCAAAUAGGACCUGAGACAAAACCAGAAGAACCACCUUUAGGUCAAGACCCUGGCUAAGAGCUGAUCUGAGCUCAGUUUUCACAACCGGGAGAACCACUGUACAUAGAUAGCAACUCAAACACCCUCACAUGGUCAUAGCUGACCCCAGAUAAUGUUUUCAUUAUAAGGGGCACCACUGGACAAGCUAAACAGAAGCUGGGGAUGGAUGGAAGAAGGGAAGGAUGCUACACAAAAAAUUCUAACGAACAUMUACCUUGACUGUAGUUGAAUCCCAACUGUAUAUUUUGCCUACAUAUAUAUCUGUUUUUUCAGUGUCAUCAUAGGGUCAUAUCUGAAAAUAUGUUGAAAACACCUUUGAAACAUUCCAAUCCCAUUUAUAUUCCAAAGUAUCGCUUUCUUAAGUGUGUGCAUUAAAAAUGGUUGUUAUCCACUUUCAGAUUUGGAUAACAACAAGAUAU